GAGCAAGCAUCGAGCGACAAAGGAAUUAGGAAAUGCACACUUGUCCCUAAGGACAAGUGGGAGACUGAAGGAAAUAAUGCCCUUGGUCCAAGUAUGCAUUCUAUAUUAAGUCUAAUAAAUGCGGUUCAGUAUUAAUUAACAAGUUAAUAAAUUCAGUGAGAUCAAGUGAGCUGAAUGCCUAGCUAGAGGCCGCUUCAGUUCAAGUGGAAUUAAUGAUAUUAAUCCACAGCUUACUCUUGACUGAACCCGUAGGGUCACACAAAUAGUACGUAAACGGAUCAAGUAUUUAAUGGCAUUAAAUACUCCAUCUAUGAAUAUUCGGAACCGACGGAUCUUGGUUUCAGUGGGAGCUAAGAUCGUCACAGGCAAGAAAUGAAUACUCCGGAAACGAUGAUAUUGCCGGAAACGGAAAUAUGGAUCGUAUCGGAAAUAUAAAUAUUAUCCAAGUCGUAGAUGUUGCCGGAAACGGAAACAUGGUACGUAUCGGAAAAUAUUAUCGGAAAUGGAAAUAUUGCCAGAAUCGGAAAUAUUGCCGGAAACGAAAAUAUUGUCAGAAUCGGAAAUAUUACCGGAAUCGGAAAAUAAUUCCGGAAACGGAAAUAUUAAAUAGUUGUUCGAAACGGAAAUUAAUUCCGGAAUCGGAAAUAUUAAAUAUUGUUCGUAUCGGAAAUGAAUUCCGGAAUCGGAAAAUUUAAUCGGAAGCGCAUCGUACGAAUAAGCAUCGGACGAGGCCUGCCGGACGAGGCCCAGCACGAAACCAGGCCAUCGCCCAGCAAGCCAAGCGCGCCGCACAAACAGCCACGCCAGGCCCAGCGCAAGGCCAGGCCCAGCAGGCUGCGCAGCGCGCACAGCGCGCAGCGCGCGCGGGCGCUGCGUGGGCUGCUGCUCGCGCGCACGCAUGGGGGCCCAUCGUGGCUGCCGUGCGUGUGUGUGCAAGUGUUUGUGUUCGUGCACGUUUCCUAAAACAUGCAGAGUUCGGUUAAUGAUUAAAUUCCUAAUUCUAUUUGAUAAAUUAAUUAAAUUAGAGUUCUUGUAGGAUUCUAGGUUUAAUUAAUUUGUAUCUGAAUAGGAUUUCGAUUCCCUUUCCAUACCCCUAUAAAUAUGAGGCUAGGGCUCACAAUUUAUAACAAGUUUCAAAGUAUUCAAAAAGUGAGUUUUUUGAGAGAAAAUUAAAACACACAUCUUGCUCAUAAAGUGCCAAAAUUUUCUAGUACCUUAAGGGCGAUUCUAGUUGGUCAAUCUUAAGGCGGAUCCGGACGUGCUGUGGACUAUCUACGGAGGGACGACACUUGGAGUCCUAAAGACUUGUUCUUGUUCGGUUCGGGCGCAGCUAGGGAGGGCACGCAACAAAGAGUAUGCAUCUAAAUUAUGCUAUAUGAUUAUGUGUAAAUAAUAUGUUGUCCUGGGUUAAUGGUUGUUUCCGCAUGAUCUAUGUAAUGUCAUAUGUAUCAUAACCUCACACUUAUAUCUUGUAUUAGUAUUAGUUUAAUAUUUCUUUGUUUCAAUCUAAAGUGUUGAGUUAUUGUAUGAUAAGCCUGAGUCAGGCUUACUUGAGCAAGAGAGAAGAUCUCACAAGAGAUCUGUGAGGAGAAGCAGUUGAGGGACUGUUUCUAUAAGGGAAGGAACAACGAGGGGUUGUUCCUGGUCAUCUGUAGUCAGAGGCGACUAACAGAUUGUGGCCCGAGUAGAUUAGGCUUGUAAAGAAACUGAGUUGUUUUGCCUAACUAGUGAAUGUGUUUAAGUCCCCAAAGGGGCCGUGGUUUUUUUCCUCUCUAUUGGGCCUAGAGAGUUUUCCACGCUAAAUCUCGCUUGCAUAUUUUACUGUUUCUGUUCCUAGUAGUUUAAUUUUUGUAAAACCGUAAAAUAUCAAUUCACCCCCCCCUCUUGAGGAACUCUGUGAAACUAACAAUUGGUAUCAGAGCCAGAACCCUUUAACUGCAGGUAAUUCUAUCGGGAAAAAUGAUUCUGAAGCUAUGAACACCACUGAGAAACUCGAAGAGGGAUACUCAACUCAACGACCUCCAAUGUUUAGUGGCAAAUACUAUUCAUAUUGGAGAAAUAGGAUGGAGAUCUUUAUCAAGGCUGAGAACUAUCAAGUAUGGAGAGUCAUUGAAGUUGGAGACUUCCAAGUCACUAAGCUAAACACCUCUGGUGAAACCGUUCCUAAACCAAUUGCUGAAUUUGACAAAGCCGACUACGAAAAGCUCGAGCUUAAUGCCAUGGCUGUCAAAAUUCUUCACUGUGGACUAGGUCCAAACGAGCACAAUAGAGUAAUGGGAUGCAAGAAUGCGAAGCAAAUUUGGGAUCUGCUCCAAGUUACUCAUGAAGGAACAAACGAAGUCAAAAGAUCAAAGAUUGAUCUUUUAAUGCACCAGUAUGAGUUGUUCACCAUGAAGCCUUCUAAAACAAUUCAAGACAUGAUCACCCGCUUCACUAACAUCAUCAAUGAAUUGAACUCUCUUGGCAAAAUCAUAACCCCUGAGGAACAAGUUAGAAAGGUUCUAAGAAGUCUUCCACAGGAUCCCUGGAUGGCCAAGGUAACUUCUCUUCAGGAAACUAAAGACUUCACCAAGUUUAACCUGGAACAACUAGCUGGAUCCCUCCUGACUCAUGAACUGCAACUAAAUGCACGACCUUCAGAGAAUAACAAAAAUAGGGCUCUCGCUCUAAAAACUGAAAAUGAUGAAAACUCUGAAGAGGGUGAGGAAACAGCCCUAUUUGCUAGGAGAUUCAGAAGAAUGUUCAGAAACUAUAAAGAUGGAGAUCACAGAGGCAAACCUAACCGGAAAUUCUCCAAAACUGAUACUGGAUGCCAUAAGUGUGGAAACUUGGAACAUCGUAUUAGGGAAUGUCCUCUCUGGGAUCAAGAACGAGGAAAAGGAAAGGAAACAACCAAAGACAGAUUCAAAGAUAACAGGAACUCAUUCUCCAAAACUGAGGUAAAAAAGGCCAUGAUUGCUGCAUGGGGAGACACUUCUUCGGAUGAGGAACAGGAACAACCCAACGAAGAAACAGCUCACCUAUGCCUUGUAGCUGAACAUGAAGAAGAUGGAUCUGACUCAGAAUCUGAAAAAUUCCAGGCAAGUCUCGCUCAAAUUAAAAAUAAACUUGAAUCUCUUUCCAAAUUAGAAUUGUUUGACCUACUUUCCUGUCUCACUAGUGAUUAUGAGGAUCUCCUAAAAGAAAAGUUAGACUCUGAUAAAGAACACCAGACUACCAUAAAGGAACUUACUGAUGAGCUAGAAUGGAAAAAAAAUACUAACAUAGAUAUAGACAAUCGGUUCUUUAACCUCUUUGAUCAGAACCUCCACAUAAAAGAAAUCUGUGAAGCCUUGCGAAUUGAAAACACCUGGCUAAAACAAGAAUUGAUUGAUCUAGAAGUAGCCAAGACUAAAAGCCUUUACAAAGGUGAACUAGAAAGAACUCAACUGGAACUAGUCAAGAUUCACCAAGAAAAGACCAACCUAGAAGAUGAACUAGCUAGAAAGACUAGACACAGAAUAGAAGGAACACCUAAAUGGAUAGAAGAAGCUAGAACCAAACACACAGAAGGACUAGGUUUCAAUUAUAAGAAACGUCACCCUAGAAAGACUAGAGUAGAUCUCUACAGUGACAUAGUAUGCUCCUUUUGUGGUCUAAUUGGUCAUUACAGAAACUCAUGUCCCAAAAACCAAAAAGGCUUGGAAAAGAACAUAGAACACACCAGAACUAAAUGGGUAAAGAAAAGCGAUUUGAUUCCAAGCAAGGAACCCAAGCUAUGCUGGGUUCCUAAAAACUCUAACUAAAAAUUCUCAUGCAGGUCGAAGUGAGGGGGAACAACACAUGGUAUCUAGACAGCGGAUGUUCCAAGCACAUGAUAGGAGACAGAAACAGAUUUCUCUCACUCACGACCUAUGAAGGUGGAACUGUGACCUUUGGCGAUAAUAAAAAAGGUAACAUCAUUGGGAUUGGCAAGGUCGGUAAGUCAAAGUCUCACUCCAUCGAUAAUGUAUUUUUAGUUGAAGGUCUAGGACAUAGCUUGUUAAGCAUCUCUCAAUUCUGUGACAAAGGAAAUUAUGCUAAAUUCUUCUCGAAUAAAUGUCUGAUUAUCAACAGUAACACUGAUACGGUGAUCUUAGAGGGAUAGAGGAAAGGGAACACAUAUGUGGUUAACCUUAACUCUGUUCCUCACUCCAAUCUGACCUGUCUCAGUGUUAUUGAAGAUGAUCCAUUAUUGUGGCAUAAAAUAUUUGGUCAUGCUAGUUUCUCUCUAAUGAACAAGUUGAAUUCAAAAAAUUUAGUCACAGGUCUUCCGAAUACCAAGUUCGCAAAAUUAUCAGUAUGUGAUGCCUGUAUCAAAGGAAAACAAGUAAGGACUUCCUUCAAGUCUAAGGGAAUAAUCAGUACAACAAGACCACUGGAGCUGAUCCACAUGGAUUUAUGCGGACCAAUGAUAACUCAAAGCAGAAGUGGAAAAAGAUAUGUGCUUGUAAUUGUAGAUGACUUCUCAAGGUACACAUGGGUAAUUUUCCUAGCCAGCAAGGAAGAAACAUUUGAAGAAUUCGUGGAAUUUGCCUCUAGGGUCCAACGACAAAGCAAUCACAAACUGGUCCACAUCAGAUCAGAUCAUGGUACUGAAUUCCAAAACAAGAAAUUUGAUGACCUAUGUAAAGAAUCAGGAAUAUAUCACAACUUCUCUGCACCUAGAACUCCUCAACAGAAUGGUGUGGUAGAAAGAAAGAAUCGAACUCUUGAAGACAUGACAAGGACAAUGCUGAUUGCUAGUGGACUUCCAAAAAGUUUCUAGGCCGAAGCUCUAAACACAGCAUGCUAUGUGCUCAAUCGAGUGUUAAUUAGAGCAAUCAAAAACAAAACCCCAUAUGAAUUAUAUAGAGGAAGAAAACCCUCUAUAACACAUCUCAGAAUCUUUGGAUGCAAGUGUUUCGUCCACAACAAUGGAAAAGAUCAACUGGGAAAAUUUGAUGCACGAAGUGAUGAAGUUAUAUUCUUGGGAUAUGCUUCAAACAGCAAAGCAUAUAGAGUAUUCAACAAAAGGACCAUGUGCAUGGAAGAAAGCAUACAUAUUAUAUUUGAUGAAACUGACUCCCAAAACUCUGUUACAGGUACAACCCCUGAAGGAAACUUUGAACUAGGACUCACAAGAGAAACUGAAGACGAAGAAGUAAGAAGGACUUCUCAAAUAGAAGAACAGGCUCAGGAUGUUGAAACACCUGAAGGAGGCACAAUUGAAGUGGAACAGACGCAAACUGAGGAUCAUACGGAACCAAAUGCUCAAGUAGAACAGCAUGCUGAAGAAGCCACUACACCAUUCCAACCCAGACCUUGGAAACAUCAAAGCUCACAUCCACUUGACCAAAUAAUUAGUGAUCUUGGACGAGGAACAACAACGAGAUAACAACUUAAAAACUUUUGCGCUUUUUAUGCUUAUUUAUCAAUGAUUGAACCUAAAAAUUAUAAAGAGGCACUAACUGACUCUGAUUGGAUCAUUUCCAUGCAGGAGGAACUCAAUGAAUUCGAAAGGAAUAAAGUAUGGCAUCUUGAGCCCACACCCUUAGCCAACAGAGUAAUAGGCCUAAAGUGGGUAUUCCGAAACAAACAAGAUGAGCAUGCAACCAUUACUAGGAACAAAGCCAGAUUGGUCGUCAAAGGGUACAAUCAGCAAGAAGGGAUAGAUUUUGAAGAGACAUUUGCUCCAGUUGCCAGAAUGGAAGCAAUACGUAUACUUAUAGCGUUUGCAUCAUACAUGGGGUUCAAACUCUAUCAAAUGGAUGUAAAAUGUGCGUUCCUAAACGGACGUCUCAAGGAAGAAGUCUACGUGGAACAACCACCAGGAUUUGAAGAUCCAGAAUACCCCUCACAUGUGUACAAGCUGGACAAAGCACUAUAUGGAUUAAAACAAGCUCCAAGAGCAUGGUAUGAACGACUCUCUCACUUCCUACUAGACAAUAAAUUCAAUCGAGGUAAAGUUGAUAGAACCUUGUUCCUUAAGUCAAGAAAUACAGACAUACUAAUAGUUCAAAUUUAUGUUGAUGAUAUUAUAUUUGGUGCUACUAACGAAGAUCUUUGCAAGGAAUUCUCUGACUUAAUGCAGCAAGAAUUUCAAAUGAGCAUGAUGGGAGAACAUAACUUCUUCCUAGGUCUUCAAAUCAAACAAACGGAACAAGGCAUCAUGAUACAUCAACAGAAAUACAUAAAGGAUCUCAUCAAGAAAUAUGGAAUGGAGUCUGCUAAAAGCAACCACACACCAAUGGGAACAACUAAAAGACUAGAUGAGGAUCAAGAAGGUAAAAGUGUUGAUCAAACAAGAUACAGAGGUAUGAUAGGCUCCUUACUUUAUCUCACAGCAAGCAGACCAGACAUUGCAUUCAGUGUAGGUGUCUGUGCCCGCUUUCAAUCUAAUCCAAAGGAAUCCCAUCUCACAGCAGUCAAAAGAAUUCUAAGACACCUAAAAAGAACAGAUGACUUAUGCCUAUGGUACCCUAACUAUGAUCACUUUGAUCUCAAAGGAUAUACAGAUGCUGACUAUGCAGGUGAUUUAGUAAACAGAAAAAGCACAUCAGGGAUGGUGCAGUUCCUAGGAGCAUGUGCAGUCUCCUGGGCUUCCAAGAAACAAAACAUUGUGGCAUUAUCCACAACAGAAGCCGAAUAUGUAGCUGUUGCUUCAUGUUGUUCCCAAAUGCUAUGGAUCAAACAACAACUUAGAGACUUUGGUAUGAAAUUAAAAUGUGUUCCUAUUCUGUGUGACAACACUAGUGCCAUCUGCAUAUCAAAAGAUCCAGUCCACCACUCAAGAGUCAAACACAUUCACAUUCGGCAUCACUUUCUAAAAGACUAUGUGGAAAAGGAACUGGUCAAACUUGAAUUCUGUCCCACAGAAGAUCAAGUAGCUGACAUCUUGACCAAACCACUUAACAGGGACAUACAUGACAAGCUAAGGUUAGAACUUGGUAUGAUACGAUUACAAUGAUAACUGUUGCCCUUACUUACUUUCUAACUUCACUGGAUAUUAUUAAAAACAAAAAAAAAAAAAACAAAAAAAAAAAAAAUUAUUAUUACGUUUUUUUUUAAUAUGAAAAUUUUCUUCUUGAAUGGACUAACAAUCAGACUCAGAUUCCAAAAUCCAGCUGUGUGCAUUACCACAGCCACAUCUGCACACUAUUAAGGUAAUCGCUUGUUUCCAAUACUUGCUUUCAAUUCGAGGUCUAAGUGGGAAUACUAAAAAUGAAUGGAAAGCAUUUAAUUUGAUUCAUCGAAUCUUACAAAACCCGGUGCAUGCAUUACUAUUCCAUUUUUAUUCACUCAAACACGCUUCCCACACUCCGAUUCCCAACAAAAAAACUCUUCCCAUUCCAAUCAUUCCGCCUAUAAAAUUCUCGGAACAUCCCCUCCUUCUUAUCAAAUCCCCAAUUUUUAAAAUUCAAAAAUUAACUUAUCUCUCCUAGUAAAUCGCAACAGCCUUCCCUAUAAAAUCAUGACCCUCUACAAACUUCAUUUCCUAAACCCUACAAGUUCAUCUUCUCCUUCUACACCCAUCAUCACCGUCAUACCUCUUCAAACCAUUCAUCCAGAAACAAUGCCUCCCAAACAACCAACUCCCAAACCAUCAGCCACAAAAUCAACUGCAAAACUCACCACCAAACGAAAGCUGGUCUUGAAGAAGGAAGUCGCUGCUUUGACUCAGGGGGAACCUCAUCUUCCAGUUGAGAAGAAGGUAAAACUCGAACCCACAAAGUUUUUCUAUUUUCCCCCCGAUCGUAUGCUCCCUGGUCUUAGCAUAGAUUUUGGUUGGUGUCGAGAAGUAGGGUUUGUAGAGUUGUUGGAGUCGAUCGAGUCUCAAGGUUGGACUUAUCUUUUUGAGGUUUGUUCUAAAGCUUGCAUGUAUCCAGAAGCAAUGGGGGAAUUUCGCUCAAACUUUGUCAAUCAAAAGGGGGUUUGUAGUUCUGAGGUUAAUGGGAAGCAAUUUAGCUUCGAUGCUGAGAAAUUGGGGUCUUGGUUCAAAGUCCCAAUGUUAGGAGAGGAAGUCUAGCACAAGGGUAAGGGUCUAAUUGAGCUCGGGGGUGCAACAAUGAAGGAAGUUUACUCUUAUUUUGGUGGUCAAGGUAAGCACCCAAAAGCUCUCAACCAGUCUGUCCUCACUCCAUAUCAAAAAGUCCUUUUUAAUGUGGUACGAAGGGGUCUUGUUCCGCGUCAUGACAAACGUGCUUUGGCAAGCAGGUUAGAUCUGAUCUACAUUUUUCUCCUAGAAUCCCAACGCCAAAUAAACUUUCCUGUUGUUUUUAUUUCCCAUCUCACUCACUCCAUCUCCCAGAACAAUAUGAUUGGGUAUGGGUCUCUUCUUACCUUCAUCAUGAGAAAGGUUGGAGUUGACCUUACUUGUUACACAGCUGAACCUCUUACUCCAGCCCAUAUCCUUAACAAAGCUUGCUUGAAUGGGAUCAGCUUGAGUGUAGUUGAUGGAGUCGUCUGCGUUGGUAAGACGAAUGUGGGAGAUACUACACCUCAGGAAGAAGAGGGAGAAGAAGACGUAGAUGAUGAGGAGGAAUUUUCUGAGGAAGAGGGAGAGGUGGCCUUUCCCUGUCAAGAAGAAGAGGGUCAGUCCGAGGAUGUGUCUCACAAUGCGGGUCCAAAACAACAAAGUCCAAAACCAUCUGCCUCACCUAUUCAACAGCCUCAUCUCUCCCCUGUGUCCACUCAGCCUAUUCGCCGUAGCAGCCGUCUCGCUAGUUCCUCCAAGGGAGUACCUCCGGUGUACCGAGUUGAGGAUUCUGACUCGGACAAGGAAGGGAAAACUCAGUCUACUUCUCCCUCACCAGAUGGCUCAAUUCAACUCCUAAUGACCAAGGUAGAUCAACUACAGCUAGACAAUGUUGUUCUGCUGUCUGCUGUCACAUCUUUACAGGAGCUGAUACAUAAGAUGCAGCAGGACCAGGCUGAGUUCUUCAAUGACAUGACGGAGCGCCUAGCUGACAUGGUGAUAGAAGAGGUGGCUCCUGCUGAUGAUGCUGCACCUCAACCUUGACCCCGCUACAACCUGUGCUUACCCCACCCCCUAUAUUUCUGCUAUCUCACAAACAAUUUUAUCUUUGCCUGCUCUCUAAACAAUUUUUUUGGUUGGUUUUGAUGCGCCAAGUUUAUGACUAAUGAUCAUUAGUGCGCUUUUCCUACGUUCUGAUAGUUGACCCACAUUGACUUGUAGGAUUGUUUGCUUGUAUUGUGCUCUUUGUUGCGUUUUCCUUGUUUUCCUUGCAGGGGUGCGGUCAAACUCGUUGACCGACUUGAGCUGCAUGAUGUCUAUCUGAUUGGAAGGGUAACAUAAUUCACAUAUGCUCUUUCUUCUGCUUCGAGAAACCGUUUUUCCCUUGCACCCUUUUUGAUAAUUCCAAAGGGGGAAGAUAUUAAGAGGGGCAACUUGUGUUCAAAACUAUUGGUAUCUAUACAUAGGUUCGACACCUCAGUGACUCUUCUGUGCCUGGCUAAGAUUGAUCUUGGUACUUGAUUGUCAGGUUACAUGUUCCAUUCCUCAGUCAUUCAUAUAUAUUUUAGUUUUAUUAAGUUGUAAGGUUGUCAUCAUCAAAAAGGGGGAAAUUGUUGAUUCCUGGGUUUUGAUGAUGAUAAGCUUACACUCUACUGAUUGUUGAAAUAAAGAAUGACAGGAGCAAGUCACUAUAAGCUAGGACAAGUACACAACGAGGCAAGCUGUGAAGCAACAAGGAAAUUGAGUCCAACAUUAUGAAGAGUACAAGUCUAAAGCGUAUGGACAGAUUAAAUCAUGGGCCAAGGAGUAUGAAGCCCAGCAAGUCAAAUAGAGUCCAGAAAGGUGGAAUUGGUUGAUGACAUGGAGUAGUGAAUUGUUUGACAUUCAUUAAUUUGCAGAAGGAGGCAAUAAACUACACAAUCGCGUUUCAUCUUCCACCUUGGGUGACAGCGCCAAGUCAUGUGGUCCCAAGAUUGCAGCUAUAGUGGGAAUUGGGAAAAUGGGUAGAUUGAAGAAGUUUUGAAGGCUGCCAAAAAGCGAUAAGAUUGAUGUAGAGGUAACGAGAUUGAAGGUGAUUUGCGAUCGAUUUUGCUAUUGGAUUCAAAAGGCGUUCAAAUUCUGCAAAUCCGAGCUUGAAAUUUCCUCAUGCGAUUGAUCUUCACUCCAAUUCGUAGAUAGUGUCAAUGUUACUGCUGCCCCUAAAUUCUCUAUGCGUGUUGCAUCCAAGCAGGCCUAUAUCUUCCGUGAUUCUGUUCUUGUUGUGAUCCUUCAUAAGGCUGCUUCUGUCAAUGUAGGAGUCUCAAAUGAUAUCUUUAAAAGCUUAUAUUUAGAUCACCCAAAAGUCGAAAGUGGACACCAGUCUCCAGAACAAAACCCUGGGGUAAUUCCUGAUGUAGCUGUUUCUUCUGUCGAUACGGAUGCCCCUGAAUUCUUAAACACAAGCCCAAGUCAUGUUCACCCAAAUGCAUAAAGUUAAGAUCAUCAGUCUUUGGAACUUAACCCCAUGGUAGAUGCAAUUCUUAAUAGAGUUGUUGUCACUGAGAUCUUAAUUCCAAGUCCAGGUCACAUUCACUAAAAUGUCAAAAGUGGGCUACCAUCAGAGCAUUGUUCUCUAAAGGGUCUAUGAAUUCAUAUGUCAAUGGAGACGACCCCUAUGCAUUUCACUUAAGUAUUCAACCCUUUGGCACAUGACAGCUGGUAGCAAGUUCCUUUCUUUUUCUUGUACAAGCUAACAAAUGUACAACAGUUCAACUGGUUACAUAGCGACACUCCAGGCUUGAGCUUUGUGGUUAGAAAUUGGUAGAAAUAUUAUAGAAUCCUCAUGGCUCACCAAUGAUUAUUCCGUUAAGUCAUUCCCACAAGAAAACUCGUGAUGUGGUUGAUGAGGAAGCGAGAUGACGGCCAAGAAUAUCACAAUUUAAUAUCAACUUAGGGUCAUUCUAAUUUUGUAAUACAAAAUGUAUUUUUUUUGUUGGUGUGCUUUUCUCUAUUUCGUUAUGGAAUUUGCUGAAACAAACAUUGUUAUAAUUUAUUUAUUUACACUUUUAAUUUAAACAAAGAUUAACACACCCAUAAACGAUAUGCUGAAUCUCUCAAAUAA